AUGCUCAAGGAAAGGAUCUUGCCGAUUGCAAAAGAUAUGCCAGAAGCAACAUGGGCGGAAAUUAUUGACAAAUGUUAUGGACUUGGUGUUGACUUGUCUGCUAAAUACAUGUAUGUAUAGCUUGCUUUGUAAUGACGGAUAGAGAUACCGGACAGAAAGCGUAAAUCCUCUGAUAGCAAAUAGCAUCAUAUAGGCAGCCCAAUAGCUAGGCGUGUUAAAUAUUUGACUGAAAUAUAAAAACUUUUAAUUAAAAGAGUUUUUACAAGUUAUUGAUAGUUUGAAUUUUUUAUUCAAGUAUUUAAGAGGCAGUCUCUGUAAAAACCUCACGACUUCUUUGGAUCAAUAAAUAGAUUUAUCUCAAACUUUGCAGUUGAGAUUGGCUUUAUAAGGGUUGUUUCAAAAUGCAUUUUUUCUAAUUGCAUUUUGGCAAAGUUUCAGGGGGUCAAGUUGAGGGAUGAAAUUAUGAUUUUUGCUCUUUCUCAACAGUGGAUUUUUACUGAUUUUUAAACUCUGUACCUCAAACAAAAAUAAUGAUAAAACUAAAUCCUUCCACACAAUAGUAGCUUUUUAUGUCUUAAGUAACAAGGUAUCAAUAAAUUUUUCAAAUAUGUUUUCUAAAUAUAGAAAUGACAUCAUUCAUCACCCUCGUGAACAGUUUGUUGAAAAAAAUAAGCAUUUGGCGAAGGUCUGACAAUCGCAUAUGCAAUGAGUAAUGCCAUACUGUAAAUAUAUACCGAGAAAAUUAAAGAAUAAAGUACACUUUUAUUAUCAGAAUUUGUCAGUUUUGGAAUAAAUAUCGUAUGGCAACGAAGGGCGUACAACAAAGUGUUAUUUUCUUACUCCUUUUGUUUUCGAAUUUCAGGCAUUCUGAUUGGUCAAGGACGCAAAAUGUAAACAAACGCGCUGAUUGGCUGACAUUAUUUACCCUUGUUACUUUAGACAUAUAAAGCUACUAUUCUGUGGAAGGAUUUAGUUUUUUUUUGUUUUUUUUUUCUUUGAUGUACAGAGGUUUCAAAAUCAGUAAAAAAUCCACUGUCGAAAUUAGAGGAAAAAUCGUAAUUUCAGCCCUCAACUUGAUCCCCCUUGAACUUUGCCAAAAUGCAGUUAGACUGAGAACAAAAUGUAUUUUGAAACAAGUGAACCCUUAUAAAGGAAAUCUCAACUACAAAUGAUAGAAAUCUAUUUCUUGAUCCAAAGAGGUCAUGAAGAUCUUACAGAGACUGCCUCUUAAUACAGCUAUUGCAUGGGCUGCCUAAACGAUAGCAUUGAAGCCGGACUUAUAAACUAGUACAUCUAGAGUACAGUAUAUCCAUCUUCGCAUGGAAGCUUGAGAAACUCAGGAAGUUUGUACUGUAAUUCUAUUUUCCCAAAGUCGCUUGACCAUCAUCUGCUGUAUGUUGCACUCUAUAAAAGCACCCUGAUUAAAAUUUCCUGGCUAACAAAGAAAUAACGCUGCUUGGGUUAACAAAUAUUUAUGGUUAAAUUUCCUGGUUAUGUCAUUGCCUAACAUAGCCUGGUUCAGAUUUCUGGUGACAAUAAAAUAACCACUCAGUUUAUGUUUCCAGAUGGAUCAAUAACUAUGGGGCCUACUUUUUUUAUCCUCCUAGAAUAGCCUGGUUAAUUAAGCAGAUUCUGGACAAAUUAAGAAAAUAUAGUAGGAAUUAAAGAUUAAAAUAUUAAAUAAUCAGAAAAUUUAACCAGGGGGCGGUUGUUCGAAAGGCGUUUAACUCGCUAAUAACAUACAUAAAAAUAUUACUCGAUCGACUGUGUUUGGUUGGUUUCAGUGCAGUUAAUCCCAAGCAGCAGUGCAAUUUUCUCUAAUCACAGUGCAAUUAUUUGUCAUCACAGUGCAAUUUUCUGUAAUCACAGUCCAAAACUCUGUAACAAAUUGAUCUGAUUUGUGGAAAAACAUUGUGAUGAUAAAAUCAACCAAUCAGUUUAAAGUAGUUUAUUUUAAAGACGUAAGGUCACAGAUUGCUUCAAAACAAAACGAACAUAGCGCCGCGCUACUGCGCUAUAUCAGUUGACGUACAUCGGUUGGAAAAUAUGGCUUUUAUCUUUAUUUUUAAAUGGAAAAGCCUUCACCUUAAACAAGACUAACAAAACUUACAUAGUUGAGUGGAAUUUUCAAGCUGUUAGCGUUGUAUAUAAUGUGAUAUAACAAAGCCAGGAAAACUUUGCCAGUGGAAUGUUCGCUAUAAGUUAUUAAAACUACAAUUGUCUCGAACAUUUUUAUGUAAAUUAUUAACAAGUGAUGCAUGGUUUCUCGUGAAAUUUGGAUAAACAUGCACUCGUGAGUUUUUCUAAUACCUCAAAUACCUUAGGUCUUUGACUUUGAAAAACUCACUCGUGCAUGUUAUAUCUAAAUUGCACUCGAAACCAUGCUAUCACCUAAACUAACCACCGUUUAACUCGCUAUACGCCAGAUAAAAUAAACGCUCUAGCAAUCGUGUUGUUCGAAGCUCGUUUAGCGCUAUCCAGCGGUUAAAUUCGCCUAUCCAGUGGAUGAAGUUUAUCUUAUCCGGCGGAUAAAAUCGACGUUUGAAAGCAAAACAAUGAGUAUUUCAGAUGAAAGAGGGUGGAAUAGUAAUAGAAAUGCAAAAAUCCGGUUGAGGAGUUUUCAAUCCAAUUUAAAUCCAGUGAACGUGCAUAAAAAUAAGUCGAACAAGUAAGACUUCCACGUUUAGCUUUUUAAAACAAAAAAUAGCUUUGGAAAGCCAACCAAGUUCACAAAUAAAUAGACAACAAGACGCCGAAAUUUUGUUCGCUGGCCUAAUCGCUUUGAUCAGCCAAUCAAAACUAAGGGUAAAAUGUUCUUAAAAUUGUUUUGAAUAACGUACAAGGUUAUUAGGUUAAGGAAAAAUAUUUAAACACUCAGUGGCGUAACGCCACAUCUGGGGGCCUCCGGUUAAAAAUAUUAAAAGCUCCCCCCCCCCCAUAAGCAAUUAUAUUCUAAAGGAACGCAUCAGUUAUGUAUGCUCCCAAAAACUUCUUUUAAAGAUAAACUGUUUAACUGCGGUUUGGGGGGAUAUAUUUUUAUCAAAAUGCUUACUAGGUACAUGUAACUACCGUAGCGAAUAUACUGACUUACAUCAAAACUGACUGACAGUCAAAACAUAUAUGACUUGUUCGGAGAACCUGAACUGAAAAAAGGAUCAAAGAACAAUUAUACUUCAAACUUUAAAUUUGCUGAUCCUUGCUUUUUCCUCUGCGAACUUAUCAAUCAGCUUCUCUAUAUCCAAAGAUCACGCUUAUUUGUAUUCAAGACAAUAGAAUAGAAUCCAGACGACCUUCAGAAAUGCUUGAGCGAAGAUAAUUCUUUAUAAGUUUCAACUUUGAGGACUAUAUGACCGGAAAACAGGGCCUUUUUAAGGAUUUUCCUUUUGGGGGAGGGCAUUUUUUUGAAAAGGGACCUUUCUGUGAGAUAAUCUAUUAGAGGUGGAUAGCAAUGGCUAAAGGCCACAUGUGGCUGACGUACCACACAUGAAUAGGCGGGUCAGGGGGCAUACUCCCCAGCAAAUUUUUGGAAUUUGAAGCCCGGAAAUGCCAUUUCCUGCAUUCUGAGCAUCCAAGUUUGCUCUAAAAUUUAUGCUAACUUGCAUUUGAAAUAAAAUAAGGAAAAAAACGCACAAAAAAUAAAAAAUAGGUACGCGACGCGUACAUGUAUAUGCGAAAAAACUUGAUUCACAUUUUGUAUUUUCUUCAAUUGAAAUAUUUCAUCAUUUAUUAUAAUAUAAUAGCAAAUAAGAUUUUAAAGUCAAACAUAAUACACAUCUAUAAACAGGGCUGUACAUAUUGCAGAGGGCAGCAGGCACAACUGCCUCCCCCUGCCGCCGAGACAAUUAAACUUAUUUUAUAAUGUGAUUAUGAUUGUAACAGAUAAUUACCGUGAACUUCCGACUAUAAUCCCCUCCCCUCGAAUAUAAGCCCCCCCCCCGAAUAUAAGCCCACCACAUAUACUAACGCUCACCUCUUCCAAAUAUAAGCCCACCCAAAUGUAAGCCCACCCGAAUAUAAGCCCCCCCCCCCAAUAUAAGUCCCCAUGCAGAAUAUAAACCCACUAGCCCACUACGUUAUUCAACAUUGACAUUGUCUUUUAAUAUAGCAGAGAACGAUAUUUUAAAAGAUUGUCAUUGUCUUUAUAGCCGACUAUGUGAAUCAAAGCGUGUUAUUAAUACAUGUUUAUUUUCCUGUUUAUGACCGACUUGUUUAUGUCUGACUUGUUUAUUACUAACACAAAAAAUUGUCCAUGUAUUAGCCCCCCGUAUAUAAGCUCGCCCCCCCUUGUAUAAGCCCAUCAAAAAUCGCUUACGAAAGUAUAUAUGCCCAGGGCUUAUAGUCGGAGGUUUACGGUGUGCAGUCAGGAAAUGAAAAUUUCAUGCAAACAAUAUUUCAAGUGUCUAUACAGCCGGCAGCCGGCUAUUUAGUAAACUGUCACUGUCACUUGUCAAUCCCCAUACUCAUCGAAUUUUCAAAACUUUAUUGUAAUCAUAUGAAGGAAAAGUUCUGUCACUUGUUGUUUACGCUUGGCAAUGUUAACUAUUGAGUAACAUACACAAACUAUUCGAGGAACAUAUUACUGUGUCAAUGGGUUUAACACAGUAUAUCAACACAAAAACAAUUUGUGUUGUGGGAGAAUAUCGGUUUGAGUAGAAGAUAUCGCAAGUUUAGUUUUGUACAUUGUGUGCGUGCCAUUGAUCUGAUACAUCCGUAUAAUAUAUGAUUAUUGUAUAGCUGUUAAGUUAUUUUCCAUACUAAUCAAUUUAGGUAAGAUUUUUUACAAGUAGUUAGGGAGUAGUUACAAGUAGUGAGUAGUUAGCCACUGUCAAACAGUAUAUAAAAUAAUAAAACGGAAAAAAGACAACACAACCCACAGUCUCUGCUAUUGGAGUAUUGCCCUAAGCUUUUCGCAUACAGAAGACAAAACUCAUUAAAGAAAUAUCAAUAAGUAAAUAAGAAACACUGUCAGAACUAUAUGUGAAAAUAAGAAGUUUAAUAUGGUAUUGUAACGAAUAUUUGAAGAAUAGAAUCGGAUAGGGAAUAACCGUCGAAUAGGGAAUUUAUACGCCGGAUAACGGCUAAACAACCGGCCCCAGAGGUGUAGUGCUUGGUGAAAUGUUUUUAUUAUCUAAUCUGAAUAUUUAGGAUGUUGCCGAAAGCGGGUCAACCUUGCAACUAUAACAUAUACGCAGCGACGUGUACGGAAGUGGAGAUUGAUGUUCUUACUGGGGAGACGGAAAUCCUUAGGACAGAUAUUUUAUUCGACUGUGGUAAAAGGUAAGCAAUACUGCCUAUGCCUGGAGAUUCGAGGAUUUAACAACAUUCAUCAUGGUUGUCAAUAUAAAAAUUUUCAUUAUAUUGCACAUCGAACAACACUGCAACUGUGCAAGUUUUGUUAAAACGGACCAAAAAUGUGGAUGUUUGGAUGAACCUGAGACAAGUCUGUAAAUCUAUCUUUCAGCAAAAAUAUAAGCUUUGAUAAAGCUGUUCAUGCAUGCUUCUUGGCGCAGCCAUCUUUUUUGCUUACUUCCAGAAAACGUUUCCCGAGUAAUCGCGUGUUGCAACAACAAUUUGCGUGCAUAGAUUUCGCAGAAUUGGAUAAGUCAAAUAUCUUAUAUGUUAAGUGUUUCUUGACUUCCAUAUUUAGCAGUACAUACACUCUUAGCACAUGAUGAGAAGGCACGUAGUGACGACAGUUCAUAUAAUUGAUUUUUGUGUAUAGUAUGAAUCCUGAGAUUGACGUUGGGCAAGUUGAAGGCGCCUUCGUCAUGGGUCUUGGUUACUGGUUGACCGAACAAGCAAUUUAUGAUCCUUGGUCUGGCCUUGAACUUACCAGUGGUACAUGGGUAGGUGCCACCUUAACUACAAGUUAAAGGAGUGGCUUCGAUAUGUAGCAACUCUGUAUAUCUUGGCAUGCAACGGAUAAUGCCUUCCUGAAUUUAUAUGAUAACGAACUAUCGCUACAACUGGUCUCGCUAGAAUGCAAUCGUUUUCUAUUUCGAAAUUCUUCAGCAAGUAUAUAUAUAUAUAUCUCACAACAUUCUCCGCGUGCAUUAUCACACCAAUGGUUUUUCAAUUUUCCCGUUUUAUCUCUCGUUUCCACUCAUUACUAACACAAUGUUAGCCAAUAAAUAAUAAAGUUUCAAAAUUAUUCAAAAAGCAACCAAAAAUAGACCUAAAUGAAAUUGAAGUGUUUACAGCUGUUCUCAGUGUGAGUUUGAAACAAGAUGCAACAACUACAGGAAAUUCCAUUGGAAUAAAAUAAGAAAUUUUGUUGAUAAAUUGGUUAUGAUAAUGUACGCGGGGAAAGUUGUGAGACUACGAGAGAAUCGUCACAUUGCAAUACAGUCGGUGAAAAUUCGUGGCAUUACUUGUCGACCCCCAGCUGCACUAUCCAAAUCUGGGUAUUAGAUUUGAUUGGUCAUAAUUAAACUCAUUAAUUAUAAUUAGAUCAGACUUUGUUUGUCGUUAUUUUCAACUGCUUGCUGAAUUUCAUUUGUUCAAUUGGAUAUCUUAUAAUCUGAAGUAAUCUAUAAUUAAUCUAUUAUUAGAAAAUUUUUAAUUUGCAUCGAAAGUUUAGUAGUUUGAAGCAUAGAGAUAAGUAACAUUUACAAUCAAGAAAAUACUAUUUAGAUUUUGAAAAUCAAAGUGCAAAGUUCGCAGAUAUUAAAGGCCAGCCAAUCAGAAUCACUAAGUUCAGUCAAGACCUAUCAUAAUCAACUACUCAAAUCAGGAUAGCGCAGCUGUGAGUCUACAAGCAAUGCCGCGAAUUUUCAGACGGUGUUACAUCAUAAUACAGUCCCUUUUCUAUCUCUUUUGUAUUCCUUUUAUAAUACUCUUAUGUUUUUGACAACAUUUUAAAAUAGCACAUUUUUGUAAAAUCUUGACUGUACCUGCUCUGAAUCAUAUGAAUGGAUUUCACUAACAUCGUUUCUCUGAUUCAGGAUUACCACCCCCCGUUCUCUAAAGAUAUCCCUAUCGAUUUCCGGGUGACCCUGCUUAAAGAUGCUCAAAACCCUCUCGGUAUUCUUGGUUCAAAAGGUAAGAUAGUGUAAAUAGAAAGAUAAGGUAACUUAUGCUUUAAAUAUCAGUUUUAGUCGUGUAUAGUAUAGAAAAUUAAUGCACUCAAUGGCUUACUAGUUAGCAUGCUUAAAUCACCUAUAAAUCAAAGGUUUUUCAAAAUGAUUGGGGGUAUUAUCAGGGGAACCCCUCCCCUUCGCCGAAAUUCAUCCCCAGGCUGGAUAGUUUUUUUUUAUAUUUUCGUCAAAUUUAGGUUUGAGACAUUCUUUCAUCAUUUACAAAUUGUGAUGAUAGGCUAUAGCCUGUUAUUAUCCUACCAGUCUCAAAAUACACAUAAUCAUAAUGCACUACCUUAUUGUCUGCUGAAAAUUGAGAUUCGACGGAAAACAAAACAAACUAUUUUGCGAGGAAAGGGACAUUAAGUGUUUUGUUAUACAAGAUGUAUCUAAAAUAUGUACACCCUUUCAAAUUCAAAUUAACCGGAACCUGUUGUAGUAAUUUGACAGCCGUAUAAUUUCUCGAAUUAAUGAGUGCGUGAAAACACUAGGUCUUCUGCACAUGAGACUUUAGGAUAACUUCUUUUGUAUGAACACAUGCACAACUUAAAGACGACAACGAAUUUUUAAAAGGUUAUGGCUAAUUUGAAAGGGUGUGCACUUUUUUGAUACAACCUGUAUAGCGGCGAAGAAAACAAUAAAAAACAUUCACAAAACUGUUUAAUGUAGAUUAUUUUAACAAUUAAGGAAAUGCCAUUUUCAUUGCUGUCCCCUGUUUAGCUUUUUUUUCAUAUAUUUUACUGUAGAUACUAUAUUGUUUUCGUAAACUGAAGAGAUCUUUUUCCCCAUUCGUGUUUUCUAGGUGUUGGUGAGCCACCGCAAUGUAUGUCUUGUUCGUGCCUGUUUGCUGUUCAAGAUGCGAUAUACCACGCCCGUGAGGAGACUGGACACGACAAAGAUUACUUUCCGUUAGAUGGUCCAGCUAUGGUGGAAGUCACACAGUUGAAAUGUUUAGUUGAUCCUUCACAAUUUAUUAUAUAACUAUUGAUUGAACAAAAUUUCUAGAAUGAAGCAAUGAUUAUAUAUGUAGAAUUUAUAGAAUGAACUAGCAUAUAACAAAAUGUAGUAUAGAGCUGUACGGUUCCAGAAUUUUAUCUCAAUUCCGUUUUCGGUCUUUUUAGGGUGGAAUUAGCACCACGAUUCUGUGUCGAUUUCAAAGCGUUUGCUCAGAAAAUUGUAAAUAACUUCAAAACAAACAACUUAUAACAAUUUAAAUGAAGCGAAAACAUUAUACUCUUAAUGUCUGCUCCCAAGGAAUUUUUUUUUUCCGAAAGUCUCAAUGUUUCCCGAGACGAAGUCGAUGGAAACAUUGAGAUUAGAGGUCGAAAGAAUGUUCAUUCAAGAAUCUUAUUUUAUGACAAAAACUCUAUGGUGUAAACGAGUUUAAAAUUAAAAGAACCAACUUAAGGUUUCAGCAGCAUGUCGUGUUGCCUGUUGCUUCUUUUUGUCGUUUUUCUGCCAGCGCUAGCGAGCACCCCCCGAUUUUUGUUUGUCAGGAUGGUUUUGAGCACGCGUAUGAAUGUGCUGCUGUUUCAUCGUUACUCGUUAGACAUAUGCGAAUUUAAUGCGUUCAUAUUCGCACUUAUGCGCAUCUUGCUUGCGUCAGCUGGAGCAUGUGCUGACGUUCGAAAAAUUGUUGAAGGCAAGAACUACAG